AGGGCAGUGAGUAUAGCGCACCGCGCUCAGUCGUCAUUUCUUGUCCGGCCGCGCUGGACUGAAAAUCUCGGCUCUUUUGAAUCGCAAGGAAUCACCCGUACGUCUUCGCCGUCAACCUACCGCAGCUGCUCCGUCAAUCGUCCUCAGGAACACAGGCAUCGUCGGCGACCUUUUGGACUUUAGCACUUCGAAGAAGACUAAUUUGCAAAAUGGGCGAUGAAGAUUGGGAUGAUGGUCCAUCAGCACCCACCAGUGCACCAGUAAAUGAACAUUUUGGUACUGGCUUUGGUUUUGGUCGUGGCUUCAAGCCUCCAAGCCAACAUAAAUUUGAUGACCAUAGUCGCACUAGCAGUGGCGUUGGUACUCUAAACGACAGCUGGGACGACAUUAGGAAACCUGGUAGUCAAGGGAGGUUUGGAAGUGACAACAGUUUUGGAAAGAGUCGUGGCUUUGGGGAUAAUAACUUCAAUCAAAAGUUUGGAAGUUCCAGAGGCUCUGGCAAUGAUGGCGGUGAUUUUGGAGAUUCCAGAAUCUAUGGAGAUGAUGAUCAGAAUGACAAAGGCUUUGGAUCUCGAGGCUUCGGCGACGACGACGACAAUGGAAAUAGUAGCGGUUUCAGCGGAGGAGGUGAUAGGCGUGGAGGUCGAGGAGGUGGUCGCGGCCGUGGUCGCGGCAGCGGUGGCUACAACCGAGACCGUGAUAACGAUGACGGAGGCUAUGGGGGUUCAAGAGGAUUCGGUAGCCGAAACGACAACGAUGACGGAUGUUUCAGCGGUCGAAGAGACGGCGGUGGCCGUGGACGCGGUCGUGGCGGUGGCGGCGGCGGUGGCUACAACAACAGAGACCGAGACAACAAUGACGACGGAGGCUACGGAGGCUCGAGAGGAUUCGAUAGCCGAAACGACGACGAUGGAGGAUUCAGCAGCGGUGGUGGUGGAGGCUCGAGAGGGUUCGGUAGCCAAAAUGACGACGAUAGAGGAUUCGGCAGCGGCGGUGGUGGAGGAGGCUCGAGAGGCUUCGGCGAUGACGACGGUCGAGGCUUUGGCAAUAAUAAUGAUGGAGGCGAUGGAGACGGCUUCGGUGGGGGAGAAAGGCGUGGACGAGGUGGUAGAGGAGGAGGCCGAGGUCGCGGACGAGGCGGUGGCGGUGGCUUCAACAGAGACCGUGACAAUGAUAAUGGAGGAGGCUUCAGAGACGACAAUGGAGGUUUCGACAACAAUGAUGAUAACGGUGGCUUUGGUGGCGGCCGUGGAAGAGGUCGCGGUGGUGGACGCGGCGGACGAGGUGGCAAUCGCGAUAGAGAUGAUGGUGGCUAUGGUGAUCGCAACAGAGACAGAGACGGUGACGGUGAUGGUGAUCAACCGGAAAAACCACGCGAAGUCUACAUUCCGGCAGAACGGCCAAAUGACGAUGAGUCACUAUUUGGAAGUGGUGUGAGGGCUGGAAUCAACUUCAGCAAGUACGACAGUAUAGAAGUGAAGACAAGUGGCGAGGAUGUCCCGCCGCCUAUCAGUUCUUUCGAUGAAGCUAACUUACGUGUUCUUCUUAAUACCAAUAUUAAGAAGUCCGGCUACACUAAGCCAACUCCUGUGCAGAAGUACGGUAUCCCGAUUCUUUUAAGUGGUCGCGACUUGAUGGCCUGCGCCCAGACGGGCUCUGGCAAGACUGCUGCAUUCCUCAUACCGAUAAUCCACACAUUGCUGGCGAAAGAUCGAGAUCUUUCAGAUAUGUCCUCGGCCAAUCAGGUCGAACCGAGGGCUCUUAUUAUUUCGCCUACAAGAGAGUUGACGAUACAAAUUUUCGACGAAGCAAGAAAGUUUUCGAAAGAUUCAGUACUCAAAUGCCACAUUAUUUAUGGAGGUACGAGCACCAGCCAUCAGAUGAAGCAGAUUUUCCAAGGAGUCGACAUAUUAGUUGCAACGCCAGGAAGGCUACUGGAUUUAGUUGGAAAGGGGAAAAUUACGUUCGACGCUAUCGAGUUCGUCGUGCUUGACGAAGCUGACAGGAUGCUCGAUAUGGGUUUCCUUCCAGAUGUUGAGAAGGUACUACGCCACGAUACAAUGAAACCACCCGGAGAACGUCAAACCUUAAUGUUUUCGGCCACGUUUCCCCAAGAAAUUCAACAACUAGCUGCAAAGUUUUUGAACAACUAUGUCUUUGUAACCGUUGGAAUAGUAGGCAGCGCCUGCACAGACAUCGAGCAAAGUUUCUUCGAGGUGAAAAAAUCGGAUAAACGCACGAAACUCAAGGAACUUCUGAAUGAAGAGAUCGAACAGAACAUGCUUAAUGGUAUUCUCGUUUUCGUAUCCGAAAAGAAAACGGCUGAUUUCAUCGCUGCAUUGCUAUCGGAGGACAAUUUUCCGACAACGAGCAUUCACGGCGACAGGUUGCAGAGAGAGCGUGAGGAGGCUCUCUACGAUUUUAAGACUGGUAAGAUGGCCAUUUUAGUGGCUACAGCUGUCGCUGCUCGAGGUUUGGAUAUCAAAAAUGUUCGACACGUAAUUAACUACGAUCUGCCAAAGGAGAUCGAUGAAUACAUUCACCGGAUCGGAAGGACCGGACGCGUAGGCAACAAGGGCAAAGCUACUAGCUUCUUUGACCCGAGGUAUGAUGAGAAACUCCAGGGUGAUUUAGUCAGGGUCCUGACCCAGGCUGGUCAGGAAGUACCAGACUGGUUAGCAAGCGGUGCAGGAGAAAGCAAUUAUGAUGGACCGUCAGACUUUGGUGGACAGGAUAUUAGAAACUUUGACAAUGCACAUACUUCUGGAGGUGGAACGAAACCUGUUGAAGAAGAUGAUGAAUGGUAAAGACACGAAGAGUUCAACGUUCGGCGAGAGUACCCCAGUCUGUUUAAUUAAGAUAAGAAUAACUAACUACAGAGGUUGAGGAAAAAAACGCCGCCGAUAGACUUUUAAGCGUAAACAGUAUUUUUCUUUUUUUACUACGGAGAUUGUAUUUUUUACGUAGGUAGUAACUUUUUAGAAUCAGAUACUAAUGCGCCCGAUGAACAGCGUAAUUAAUAGCUUUUUUAAUUUCAUUAGCAAAGAUUAUAAAAAUGAGAUUAUUGUUUUGACCAAAGAGUCAAUGCCAAAGGCCAUAUUAGUAUUUGUAAUGUUAACUUUUUUGUAAAAUAAAAUUUCUCAUAAUAAGUGUA